AUGAGUCACAACAAGAAUUUAAAAAGAGCGUCCUCAAUAACCAGAGCUUCCACUCUCAGGCUUGAUCCAAGUCUCACGGCACCUGCGUUUAGUCCAGAGGAAGAGCUGGGUCUGGCUCCAGCAGAACCACAGGCUGACCUGAAACUGGCCACAGAGUACCUUCAUCGGUUCUACAAGCUGCAGAAGGAUCCUUCAGGACGAAUGAGGAGGAGCGGGCCCUCGUUCACCUCCAAAGUGAAAGACAUGCAGACCUUCUUUGGGCUUAAUUCUACAGGGGAGUUAGACUCCGGUACCCUGGAGGUGAUGAGGAGCCCUCGAUGUGGGGUUCCUGACGUGGAAGAGUACAGUCACAUCCACGGGACACGCUGGAAUAAGAACGUCAUCGCAUACAGCAUUGGCCGAUACACCAGAGAUCUGCCCAGCAGCACUGUGGACUUUUUAAUUGAGUCAGCCUUUGGUGUUUGGGCCAAAGCCAGCGGCUUGACGUUUGUUAGGUCACACACACACAACACUGACAUCAUGGUGGAGUUUGUGACCUAUGGUAGGUUUAUCUGUUUAGCUCACUCUCACAAAAUCACAGAAAACCACCCCCCAGCAGAGGUCUUAUGUAAAUGUACAGCUUUGUGGCUUUAGACCUAGGGAGUCACAGUAGUAAUUUCCCUCUUAUCCGAGGCAGAGUCAUCUUUCACCAGCUGCUGUCUAACUCCGAUGAGGUGAACUGAAGCUUGUAAUUUUCCAUUAGCAUGAAAGAAGAUGAUUUUUUUCUG